AAAUUCUUGUAAACCUUCUUAUCCCCUCCAAAACAACUCCGAAACAUAGCCAGACAAACUGGUUGGUCAUAAACUCAUGAUCAUAGCGUUCCAACACUCAUCCGCGGGAAUAAUGGGUAUCGGCAAGAUUCAAGGUGCAUCGCCUUAUCUAAAUUUUCCAUCUCCUUCUUCUUCUGCCACUUCACAAUAUCAUUACUUUCACAACCCACUCCACUUUCCGACUACACUUAGAACUCAAAUAUUCGAACUCUACCGUUCUUCUCCAACAACACAAACUGAAAUAGUUAGCACCACUCCCAAAAGGAAGAAGAGAAAGCCCAGGUCAAGCUUUCUUGAAAAGAUCCAUGAGAAAUGGCCUCUAGAGCACACUUCUUCGUGGAAAAAUAUUCCCUGGCAAGAACAAAAUCCAGAAACAAUAGUAGAACAAACUCCAUACCCUAGGCUGUCAUGCACUGUGAAUAGAACUGAUAAUAAGGAAGAAAAAGUAGAAACCAGUGACUCAAUGAGUUGCAAUUCAAAGAUUCAAGAGCUGAAAGUCUUAGAUGGAGAGGUCAAUUCUAAUUCUGAAGCAGUUAAGUUUGGUGGGGAUUCGACCUCAAUUUUAACAUCGCAGAAAGGUCAAAUAUUGGACCGAGACCUUCAUCUUCGUGGGAAUUUACCCACUGGUUCUGUUCCUGAAUCCAAUUGUGAUGUUGCAGGAGUACACAGAGGAGUUAAUGUUAAAGAGUUAGGCAAUGCUAAGGGGUUGAGUGCUCAUAAAAAUGGGUUAAAAUGUCCUUGGGAAGGAGAAAGUGAAUGUAGGGGGGAAGAGAAGUCAGGAAUGAGCUAUGCACAGUUAGCAGAUAAAUCAAUUCCUGAGGUUGAGCUGAAGAGGCUCAGAAACGUGGCAUUGAGGACAAUUGAGAUAAUAAACGUUGGAACAACUGGUAUUACACAGGCACUGGUGGUAUACAUUCAUGAGAAGUGGAAGGAGGAUGAGAUUGUGAAGUUGAAUUUUGUGGGGCCCCUCUCGCAUAACAUGGACAGGACACAAGAGAUACUUGAGGCUGAAACAGGAGGAAUAGUGAUUUGUAGGUCGGGCUGCUCAAUAGUGAUAUACAGAGGACUAUUGUACACAUAUGAUUAUGUAAAAUCAGUAGUUAAACAAAGUCAGUUUAAUUUGAAUCCAUCAAAAUCAUCAAGAGAUUUGGUGGCUAAAGGUGGAAAUGGAUUGUUGGACGGAGCAUCUAAAUCUUAUUUACAUAGUCAAACUGAAGAAGAAAAGACGGAUUUAAGUGAGCUCAAUCCUCCUUUAAUUGAGCUGGGCCCACGUGUUGAAGAUUGGAGUGGUGGUCAACCACUCCCUAUUGAUGCUGAUUUGUUGCCUGCUGUUGUUCCUGGAUAUAGGCCUCCUUUUAGACGUGUCCUUUACGGUGUCAAGUACAAUUUGAGAGAAAACGAAAAGGCACACCUUAGAAGGACAGCAAAAGCGAUGCCCCCACAUUUUUCCCUAGGAAGAAACAGAGUGCUGCAGGGAUUGGCUGCUGCUGUGGUGAAGCUGUGGGAAAGAAACAUAAUUGUGAAGAUUGCCAUCAAACGCGGUGUGCAUAAUACAUGCAGUGAGAGGAUGGCAGAAGAACUCAGGGUGUUGACCGGAGGAACACUCUUGUCACGGAAUAAGGAAUAUAUAGUCUUUUAUAGGGGUAAUGACUUCUUGGUGCCUGUUGUGGCAGAAGCACUUAAAGAAGCAGAGUCACGAAAUGCUCUCCAACAAGAAGAGGAAGAAGCACGUAAAUUGGCUUCAAACUCUAUAUUCGCAAGCUGCAGGGAUGCUAAACGGCCAUUUGUUGCAGGAACUCUUGCUGAGACCAUAGCUGCAACUACACAUUGGGCUACCCAACCCAUUACUGUUCAAGAGAGAGAGAAGAUGAUGAAAGAUGCAGCUGAAGCAAGGCAUGCUUCUCUGAUUAGAUUUCUUGAACAGAAGCUAGCUUUUGCAAAUAAGAAAGUGAAGAAUGCUGAGAAGGCCUUACGAAAGUUACAGAAAAAUCUGGAACCAUCUGAGCUGCCAAUUGAUUUGGAAACGUUAACUACUGAAGAGAGGUUUUUAUUCAUUAAAAUGGGUCUGAGCAUGAAACCUUAUUUGCUUGGAGGCGGGCCGUUUUCGAUGGUACCAUAGAGAACAUGCAUUUACACUGGAAGUAUCGGGAGUUGGUAAAGAUAAUUGUUGAGCGAAAAACUUUGCCACAAGUGAAACAUAUGGCAAUUACCCUUGAGGCUGAAAGCGGUGGGGUUCUGAUAUCUAUUGAAAAAACCACUCAAGGCCAUGCAGUCAUCCUUUAUCGCGGGAAAAAUUAUCAGCGGCCUUGUGAACUCAGACCAAAAAAUCUUCUAACUAGGAGGCAGGCGUUGGCACGUUCAAUUGAACUACAGAGAAGGGAGGCACUAAAGCAUCAUAUAUUGGUUCUGAAGGAUAAAAUUGAGAAUCUGAAAUCUGAACUGGCUGAAACAAAUACUGAGAAGGAGAUUGAUGAGGCGGCCUUGUACUCUAGGUUAGAUGCUUUUGCUGACGAUGAGGACUUGGAAGAGGAAGAGACAGAUGAGGUGGAUCUAGAGGAAUAACAUAGGAAGCAGUCAUGAUGGAAAGCGCAACUCCUGGGUACAGUAUGCAGGUCUCAUAAGCCACUCUGUGGUGUUUUCCCGCUACCAGUUGUCUUAGAAUCUCUUUUUUUUUUGUCAUUUGUUCUGGAAACUGAUUUUUAUUUGUUAGCCAAGUUUUUAACCAAGUAUAAACAAGUGGUUUGGUAAAAUUACCAAACGAUCCCUGUGGUUCCUGAAAUCAUGAAUACAUCUCCGAGUCCAGUAUUCAAAUAACACAGUAUUAUUAUAUUAUUAGUAGGAUUUGGGAGUUUAAUAAUACGGACCUAAUUACAAUGAUAGAAAAUUCCCAAUUGCUCUACAUUACUCAAAUAUUCAAAUGACACUACAUUUCCGUCAAUUAAUAAGAUGCAAUAAAAAUACAAAGGUCAGUCUAAAAAACUUCAUCCAUGCUAAUGUCAUGACAUCAUAUUAUAUUUCUGUUUUAAAGGUGCCAUUCACAAAAAUUUGACCGCCAAAAGGAACCAUUUGUUAUUUUCUUAAAAUAACAUCAUGGAAAGUUUAAUUCAAUUUGUGAAUUAAAAUUCAUAAAUGAUAAGAUAUCAUCAUAGGUUUUUAUUUUCACUUGCAUGGAAAUAUCAAGCUGACGGCUACGAGUUCAGAUAGUUGCUACUUUCAUGGUUUUCUAUGAGUAGUGGUUAUGUCAGAGUAGAAUAUUUUAUGCAUGCUUACCUCUAUUCUGGUAACUGGAAAAUGCUAGGGAACAAGUAUCUGAAUCUCUAAUUACGGAUCAUUUUACAAGAACAACUUUUUGAAUACAGAGCUCCUUCAGCUGAAAAAAAGUAGAAACUGAGCUGAAGCGACGAGUGCUAUUUCUUUGCUACAUGGUCUUUCCUGAUUGCCAAAGCAGCCACAGUACUUAGUAUGCAGAGAAGUAACUUGGACUGCGAGAUCUGAGAAAAACUAUCACAAGUACAAAACAUUGGUUGCUAGAAGUGGCUGGGAAGCUGUCAGUCUGCUAGGAUCUGAGAGGACCUCAGAAGAGUAUUAUGGUAUGAAGUGGAUGAAACUCCACUGUAGAAGCUUCUUUUCUGCUUCCCAUCUUGAUCCCCUAGUUCUUAUGCUCCUCACAUUGUAAGAUUUUUAUUUUUGUAACUACUGAGUUUUUAGAGACAUUUAACUACUGAGUUGAGACUGUAAAGAACCCACAUAUACUGAAACAUAUAGGAAGUGAAUGAAGUAUGGAGUAUAUCACUAUAUCGUAACUGUCAUGUCCACUAAA